GAAGCUAUUUAGCCUGCAAACUUAUUUUUAUGUAUGUUUACUUUCGUUGUAAAAUAUGUCAAAUACAGACGGUCAUUAACAAUAUCUCAAAAUAAGCAAGAUGAUAAGUUCCCUGUUCUUAUCCAAGAAUGCUGGCAAGCUGCUGCUUUCCCGUGGCUCAGCAAUCCAAUCCCAGUGGAUUCGUGCUCAGAAGACCAUGCCGGUGUACGAUUACUCCUGCCAGAACCCUCCAAAGUGGGGCUACUCGCCUUUUGGGAGGGAUCAGAAAUCCUGGGGCGAGUGGACCUGUGCCAGGUUGGACGAUCUGCUGAACUGGGGUCGCAAGGGAUCGCUGUGGCCUGUGACCUUUGGCCUGGCCUGUUGUGCCGUGGAAAUGAUGCACAUUGCAGCUCCUCGAUAUGACAUGGAUCGUUUUGGCGUGGUUUUUCGGGCCUCUCCUCGCCAGGGAGACGUCCUGAUUGUGGCCGGCACUUUGACCAACAAAAUGGCACCAGCUUUUCGGAAGAUAUACGACCAGAUGCCGGAACCCAGGUGGGUCAUCUCGAUGGGAAGUUGCGCCAACGGCGGUGGCUACUACCACUACUCGUACUCGGUGGUUCGCGGCUGCGAUCGAAUUGUUCCGGUGGAUAUCUACGUGCCCGGAUGUCCACCCACCGCUGAGGCCUUAAUGUACGGUAUUCUGCAGCUGCAGAAGAAAGUCAAGCGGAUGAGGACACUGCAGAUGUGGUACCGGAAGUAAGCCAUAACAUGAAAAAGAGUUAAGGAAGUAAACGGCCAAAGAGUGGCGAUUCCAAUUAAUAA